AUGUCAGCCAGGUUGCGUAAUCUAAAUCCGUAUGAGUUACAUAAGCAUUUAGUUAAUAUAUACUGUUUGAAUAAAAAAGGCUCCACUGCCAAUCUUAAACGGGACACCUCCAGAGAUCGCACAGACCUCGACGUCAUUAGAGAAAACCACAAAUUUCUCUGGGAAGAUGACGAUGUCGCCGACACCUGGGAGAAACAAUUAGCUAAAAAGUAUUAUGAUAAGCUCUUCAAAGAGUAUUGUAUCUGUGAUUUAAGCAGAUAUAAAGAAAAUAAAGUAGCUCUGCGUUGGCGCGUAGAAAGGGAAGUCGUGUUAGGCAAGGGCCAGUUUCAAUGCGGUGCGAAGCAGUGUAACAGCUCUCAAGAUCUGAAGUCUUGGGAAGUGAAUUUCGCUUACGUCGAAGAUAAUGAGAAGAAAAAUGCCCUCGUAAAACUUCGUUUAUGCCCAGAUUGUUCAGAAAAACUAAACUAUAAAUCGAAAAAGCGGGAAGUGAAGAGACUGAAAAAGAACCAGAAAAAGAAGAAGAGGAAAGAUAAAACCAGUAGCGACGUUGUCACAAGCGACGAGGAAUGUCAACCUGAUUUAGAAAAUCAGCCAGAGCCUAGUACUUCGCAGGAAGCUCUAGAAACCGAAGUAGACAAAGCGGAGUCGCUAUGGAAGAAAGGGGUACAAGAAGUUGAAGAAAAAACGCGCGAAGAAGAAUUUGAAGAAUACUUAGAAGAUUUACUUUUGUGA